AUUUUUUUUAGUUUUUGGUCAGAAGGAAUACACUAGAGAAAACUACAAACAAAAACUCAUCUCAGUACAGCGCCUAGCCACACUACCCCCAGAAAGAUCAUUCUCAACAACACCAGCCAUAUCCUCAGGGGGAUUCUUGAAAACAAUGAAAUUCUGGUCUUGAAACGUCCCCUUCCUCUCCAUGAAGUCCGCGCAACUAUUGGCUUCACAGUAACAAUGCUUCACCCAGAAUUGAGGGAUUUCAUAUAUCAAUUUCCUACAAUCCUCAAGGAGGGAAGAAAUCGAUCUAUUACAAUACUGGGGAUUUCCUAACAUAUCCACAAUAGCCUUCGCAUCCAUUUCGAUCUCCACCAUAUCCAGAUUCCUCUCCACACAAAGCAUAAGUCCAUCCCAAAUAGCCCACAGUUCAGCCAUUAGGCUCGAAGCAAUGCCAAUAUUCCUAGAAAAACCAACAAUCCAUCUGCCAGUCCAAUCCCGAAUGACAACACCUCCACCAGCUAGCCGUGGGUUGCCCAACAACGACCCAUCUGUAUUUAGCUUCAUCCACCCUACUGCAGAUAAUCCAUACAGCAAAGGAGAAAAUGAUUUUCAAAGGAGGCUGAUUUUCAUCUGUAGCUUUUCCAGCCUUGCCAUUUGUUGCCAACCAAUUUUCCAGGUUUGAUACAAAGAAAUCCCUAUCAAAACCCACCGCCCCUAACUCAUUCCACACCGGUCUAACCAAAUCGCAGUUAUGAAGAGCGUGGGUAAUAGUCUCAGUUUCUUUCAGACACCGGGCAUCAACCGCCAUUCCCCUAGCAGAUAAACAUCCAUUAACCCCAAUACUGUUGUGAACACACUUCCAAAGAAAAAAUUGAAUUUUUGGGAGAGUAUGAAGCUUCCAAAUCCAUUGUUUAUUGAAGUCUGAGUUUGGAUUGAAUCCAGAGGCCAUUUUGUAAGCACUUUUUAGAUUAAACUCCCCAUGAGGAGACUCCUUCCACAAAAUUUUAUCUCUACUCGAAGAAGCUAAGGCAAAAGGAAUGGCUUGAAUUUCCAGCUUGAGUGAGGAAGGAAAAUCAAAGGGGAUAUGAUCCCACCUCCACCCCUCUGAGGAUGCUAUAUCCUUAACUUUCCACUCCACUACCCCCUUAGGUAGAGGACCUUGAACUUGCUAUCUUAGGGAGCCAUUUUUUGUCCAAGCAUCAUACCAAAAACUCAGGUUACUGUCUUUCCCAAUCGCCCAUGUAACUCCUUGCUGAAACAGCUCCGCACCUUUAUUCAUACCCCUACAAAUUUGAGACCUUGGCAAGCUAUUAGGAUUCCUCGAGUUUAGUCUUCGGUUUGUGCAGUACUUGGCUUUAAGAACUCGCACCCAUAAACUCUCACUUUUCGUGUGAAACCUCCAAUUCAACUUGGUUAGCAUCGCUAAAUUUCUCCCUUUAGCACUUUGCAAACCGAGCCCACCUUCAACUUUUGGUUGGGUCACCUUCUCCCAACCCACCCAGUGAACUUUCCUCGCCAAUUUUGACAAAUCCCACAAAAGGCUCCUAUUUACUCGAUCAAUACCCUCUAAAAUUUUGGUCGGUAGGAGAUUACAUUGCAUAACAUAGGCAGGGAUCGUAGAGGACGAAGCCUGAAUAAGGACAACUUGACCCGCCGGGUAAAGGAGAUUAGCCUUCCAUCUAGCAAGUUUGUUCUUGACUCUAUCCAAGAUGAAGUUGAAAUCCAGAGAGGAUGAGCCAGGAUGCUUAAUAGGGAUUCCAAGGUACUUACCAAUAUUAGAGGUGGAGGCAAAACCCAACAUAUCACAAAAUGACUCCCUUGCUUCCCUAUCUAUAUUUGGCGAAAAGUAUACCCGAGACUUAACCACACUGAUAGUCUGACCAGUUUUGCUGCAAAACUCAUCUAGGACUUCCCUAAUAGUUGAGCAAUUAAUCUAAUCUACCUUAGCAAAAAGCAUAAUAUCAUUUGCAGACAUUAGGUGGGAGAAGGCUAUACCACCUUGGGAGGUUUUGACUGGAUUCCAAAGCUUCUGGCCACAUUUCUCCUCUGUGAGCUUCCCCAAAUAUUCCAUACAAAGGAUAAACAAAUAUGGCGAAAAAGGAUCACCCUAUCUGAUUCCUCUAGACGGCAGGAAAGGCUUAAGACUCCCCCCAUUAAAAAGAAUCGAUGAGGAGCUAGAGCUCACACAGAUCAUAAUAAGGUCGAGAAGAUUUUGCGGCAAAUUUAUCUUUGAGCGAGUCACCAGUUAUUGAAGAGAUUGUCAGGAAGAUACAUGGUCAAUUGAAUUCUAUAUACUCAAAUGUUCACGAGGAUUGUGUUGGAUUGGACUCUCGUGUGACAGAAAUAAAAAAUUCAUAUUUAGGCAUUGGGUUGGAAGAUGUACGUUUUAUAGGAAUUUGGGGAAUGGGUGGAAUGGGUAAAACAACCCUAGCAAGAGUCCUUCAUCAAAGGAUUCAUUAUCAUUUUGAUGCCAGUAGCUUUAUUGGCAAUGUUAGAGAAGAAAGUUGUAAAAAUGGUCUAAUUUCUCUACAAAAACAACUUCUUGAUGAUAUCUUGAUUGAAAGCAACAUCCAAAUACGGGACAUUCCAUGGGGAAUCAAUAUGAUAAAGGAUAGAUUAUGUAAGAAAAAGGUUCUUAUCACUCUUGAUGAUGUGGAUCAACUUGAACAAUUAAAUGCAUUAGCAGGCAAGAGAGAUUGGUUUGGUCAAGGGAGUAGAAUCAUUAUAACAACCAGAGAUAAGCAUCUAUUGAUCAGACAUGGUAUGACUAAAGCUGCAAUAUACAACAUUAAGAAACUGGAGAAGAAUGAAGCUCUUAAACUCUUUAGUAGGGAAGUCUUCAAGAAGGACUAUCCUCCAAAAUAUUUCAUGAAAAUGUCCCAAAAUGUUAUUCACUAUGCUGAUGGACUUCCUUUAGCUCUUAAAGUUUUGGGUGCUAACUUGAUGAAAAGAGAACCAGUUGAUUGGAAAGAUAUCCUAGAUAAUCUGAAAGAAGAUCCUCCAAGUCAAUUGAUGGGUGUUUUUGAAAUCAGUUUUAAUGGCUUAUAUUCUAAACAGAAAAACGUGUUUUUAGAUAUUGCUUGUUUCUUCAAUGGGUUCAACAAAGAUUGGGUAGCAAAUAUACUACAAACGAGCAUAGAAAUAGAUGUUCUUGUGGAAAAAUCUCUCAUAGAAGUCUCACGUUUUGGAAACUUGUGGAUCCAUGAUACACUACAAGAUUUUGGUAGGGAAAUUGUUCAUCGUGAAUCCCCUGAUGAGCGUGGUCAACGAAGUAGGUUGUGGCUUAGUGAUGAUAUAUUUCAUGUACUGAAACAUAAUACAGGAACAGAAAAAGUUAAAGGCAUAUUCCUUAGCUCAUCUUUUAUAGAAGAAAAGGAAUUACACUUGAAUGCUAAAAUCUUCUCAAAGAUGAUAAACUUAAGAUUGCUUCAAAUCGAUCAUGUCCACCUUCCCGGAGGUCUAGAUUAUCUUUCUAAUGAAUUAUGUUUUAUGAACUGGGCUAAUUAUCCUUUGAAAUCCUUGCCAGAAAGUUUCCAUCCAAAUAAACUCAUUGAACUCAUUAUGCAUGCCAGUAGUUUAAAGCAACUAUGGAAGGGAAUUAAGAGUUCAAAGAUGUUAAAACACAUCGAUCUCAGUUACUCCAAGGACUUGAUCGAGAUCCCCGACCUCACCGAAGUCCCAAAUCUUGAGAAGCUAAUUCUUAAAGGUUGUACAAGUUUGUCUAAGAUUCACACUUCACUCGGAUAUCUUGAAAAACUUAUUUUAUUAGAUAUGGAUGGUUGUGUAUGUCUUAAAAGUCUUCCAUGCAAGAUCAACUCGGAAUGUCUUGUUAUUGAUCUUAAUGGUUGUUUGAGUUUGAAGAAUUUUCCAGAGAUUGUGGGAAAUAUGUCACACUUACCACACCUUGAUUUGGCUGGGACUGCUAUAGAAGGACUACCGUUGUCAAUAAAGCUUUUAACUGACCUUACUCUAUUGAGUCUGAGAGACUGCAAAUCCCUUCGAAGUCUUCCUGAUACCAUUUGUUGUUUGACGUCUCUAACAACGCUCACUCUAUCUGGUUGCUCAAGACUUAACAAAUUGCCAACGAAUCUAGGGAAUCUCGUAUGCCUAGAGAACCUGGGAGUGAUUGGAAUUGCUAUAAGUGAACUACCAUCAUCAGUGGAGCAUUUAACUCACCUGACGUCAUUGAAUUUAAGUGGUUGCAAGGACCUUUUAAGUCUCCCAGAUACCAUUUGUAGUAUGACAUAUCUAAAAGAGCUCAAUCUAUCUGGUUGCUCAAGACUUAACAAAUUGCCAACGAAUCUAGGGAAUCUCGUAUGCCUAGAGAACUUGGGAGUGAUUGGAAUUGCUAUAAGUGAACUACCAUCAUCAGUGGAGCAUUUAACUCACCUGACGUCAUUGAAUUUAAGUGGUUGCAAGGACCUUUUAAGUCUCCCAGAUACCAUUUGUAGUAUGACAUAUCUAAAAGAGCUCAAUCUAUCUGGUUGCUCAAGACUUAACAAAUUGCCAACGAAUCUAGGGAAUCUCGUAUGCCUAGAGAACUUGGGAGUGAUUGGAAUUGCUAUAAGUGAACUACCAUCAUCAGUGGAGCAUUUAACUCACCUGACGUCAUUGAAUUUAAGUGGUUGCAAGGACCUUUUAAGUCUCCCAGAUACCAUUUGUAGUAUGACAUAUCUAAAAGAGCUCAAUCUAUCUGGUUGCUCUAGACUUAACAAAUUGCCAACGAAUCUAGGGAAUCUCGUAUGCCUAGAGAACUUGGGAGCGAUUGGAAUUGCUAUAAGUGAACUACCAUCAUCAGUGGAGCAUUUAACUCGCCUGACGUCAUUGAAUUUAAGUGGUUGCAAGGACCCUUUAAGUCUCCUAGAUACCAUUUGUAGUAUGACAUAUCUAAAAGAGCUCAAUCUAUCUGGUUGCUCAACACUUGAUAGAUUGCCAAAGAACUUGGGGAAUCUCACAGGCUUGAAGGAGCUAGAUGUGAAUAAAACUGCCAUAAGAGAACUACCAUCAUCAUUGGAGCAUUUAUCUAAUCUUACUUCAUUGAAUCUAAGCAAUUGUAAGGAACUUCUCAGUAUUCCAAAUGCCAUUUGUAAUAUGACAAAUAUUAAAACUCUCACUCUAUUUGGCUGCUCAAAACUUGAAGAUUUGCCGAAGAACAUUGGGAAUCUCAUUGGCCUAAAGAAGCUAGAAAUUAUUGGAACUGCUGUGAGAGAGCCACCUUCCUCCAUCUUUCUCAUAAAAAAUCUCGAAGUACUAUGUUUUUCUGGAUGUGAAGGGACAUCGUGUGAGCAGAGUCCAAAUCCUGUGCCUUGGGAAUUGCCUUCCCUAUCUUGUUUGAGUUCUUUAGUCAAACUGGAAUUAAGGGAUUGCAAUCUUCGAGCAAUACCUAAUGAUAUUGACAGCUUGCAUCUCUUAGAAAAACUAAAUCUAAGCCAAAAUAAUUUUGUUUGUCUUCCCGAAAGUAUCAUUCGGCUAUCUCAGUUGAGAGACAUGUAUAUUGAGAAUUGCACUAGUCUGCUAUCUCUGCCACAAAUUCCAUUAUCUACUCGAAGUAUUUGGGCAAAUGGUUGUACCUCACUAGAAGCAUUUCCUAAUGAAUUAAAACAGGGAAAUUAUUUUGAGCCGACUAUCUAUCUUCUCAAUUGCUUCAAAUUGGUUGACAAUCAAGGCUUCAGUGACAAGUUGUUUGGAAUGCUAUUACAUCACUUUGAGGAUCUUUGUUAUGAUGACGUCUCAGGAACAAAUAGAUAUGACCUCGUUGUUCCUGGAAAAAAAUUACCAAAAUGGUUUAGCCAUCAAAAUGAGGGGGAUUCAGUGACCCUGCAAGUGCCUCCCAAUUUUGAUGAGAAAUGUUUGGCAAUUGGAAUUUGCGCUGCUUUUAAGCAUCUUCCUUCUGGCCAAGGUGGUUUGUUUGAUAGUGGAUCUCAUGAUAGAACGAGACAUAAGCUUUUUUGCUCCAUUGCGUUGCAUCCAAAAAGUGGAUCUGACAGAUUCAGGGUCUACGCCAACAGUAAACGCAUAUCAUUUCCCUUUCCCAAAAAUUUUGAUCCGGUUGAAUCAAGACACCUUUGGCUGAUUUAUGUGCGCAGAGAAUUCCUCCAUAAGAACAAAUACUGUGCAUAUUCUAAUGAGUUGCACGAAAUUGAGGAGAAAAAAUGUGAUCUUCAGAUUAAAUUUCAUACAGAAGGUACGGGCUUGACGUUUACAAACUGCGGGGCCCAUUUUGUGUUUAAGCAAGACAUUGAAGGUCUCAUCCGAACAAAUAAGAUGGAUUUCGUUUCCAAUGGAGAAGGUAGCUUCAGUGAUGAGCCUGGACAUAGUGGAGAGGGUAGCUCUAAUGUCAUGACAGGCACAAAGAGGAAAUGGAACCGUAAGCGAAUUGGAAGUCUAAUGCUGCAUUCGGGAAAUUGGUUUGGGAAUUUAUGGCGUUGAUGAUGACUCUGGUUGUCAGGAAUCCGUGUGAAAGUGGGAGCUUUGAUGAAUCUGGAAGCCAAAUAAACUUUUGAGUUUUGUGUUACUUGAUGCAAGUUAUUGGACUCUGGGGUAAGAAGUAACUGUCACGUUGCUAGGACAUGAUGAAUUUAAAUCCCUCUAUAUCCAAUGGCAAUUGUUCCAACCUUAUUGCAACACAUCCAAAUCCAAUUGCAUUAACUACGUCAGGAAGCUCCCUUUACGUUGUUCUCCCAUCUCACGCACACCAAGUUAUUACAUUGAGGAAUCUCAUAUGCGAGUGGUCCCCAAGAUGUUGACAAGAGAUUUUGAACACAAAAGUCCUUGAAUAUCAUGAGGCCUUGAGAACCACAUAGCCAACCUCUUGGGGUCAAGAUUGAUUAUAAAUCCUCAUGUUUGUCAAUACUACAUCAGAGGAACAAUCCAACAUAGCUAUUGAAGCUUCAAUCUGGGAUCUAUGAGGUGCCUGUUCGUACUACAAAGUUUUCUAUAAACUCUCUGCUCCAGACAAAAAAAGACAGUGCCUAUUGUUGAGAUGAAGUAUCAGCCGAAGUCUAAAAAUCCAAAGCCAGUCUGCUUCAGACCAUGGCAUUUUAUCUAGGAACUUUUACUGGUUGCAUCUGUCUGGUGGAGGUUACAAGCUGCUGGAGCCAUACAGAACCAUCACAUGCUCUGUUUGAUGUAAAUUCGAGUUUUUGAUUAAGAAGAAAAUUGACAAGUUUUUUUGCAAAAUAGCCUUCUCUUUUAACAGAAACUAUAGCUCACUAAAGUCUGUUGUAUUUGGUGAUUCUAGUUAAGCUUAAACCAGCUUGUGAUGCCUGUAAUUGCAAAAACUGAAUUUGGUCUACUUUUUCCAAUCAAGUUAAUAUGUUAAUUAGUUAGCCACUUUUAGUGAUUAAUCAAAAAACAAGUUUUUUCC